ACUCUUUAGUCCGCUAUCUUCGCUCAGCUGGUAUCGAGUAUCUACCACGGCUUGCCUAGGGAAAUAUUACCGGUCAGCCAUUACGUGUUUCAGAAGAUCACAACCCAAUUGAAACCAUUUACCUAGUUGCUGUUUUAUUUUAAUCAGUUCAUGAUUUUGACGAUUAAUAAACACCUUAGAAUAUAAUAUAGAACAGAAGGUACACAUUUUCAAGCGUAAAAUACUUCGCCUAAAAUCAAGACUAAAUAUGUCUGAUCAAACACACUGUGUAGACUUUGUUAAAAUAGCGGAGGUUGACAGAAAGAAACGAAACAUUCCAGGUACAGUCAAGCUGAAUAACCUAAAAAUGAAAAUCUCAAAAGUCGAUUGGCUUAACGUAAAGGAAAAACAGAACACAACAAAUAAACCUCCAGGGCUGUAUCUGAAGCUACAAACAGUCGCGUGGGCAGGGGCCAUAGAGACCUUCAAACUACCACUAACUAACUUACCUGGUGAAGUAAUCACAUCAUUGGGAGGAGAAACCAUCUCAGUAAAAAACAACAACAAACCUGAAUUGUUUGUUCCUGUAGAGAAGAAAAGCUCUGCUAAAUGCUUUUCUGGUGAUUUCAGCUUCGAGCCUGCGGUGAGUGGGUGUGUACUAGUGGUAGACGAGUCGUCAGUUGAACAACAGGAACUUGCUCAAAUUGUCAGUGAUUUGAGCGGAGACCCUAGUGUCAAGGACCUGACUGUCAACAGGGCUGAUGGUGGGCUGCCUUUGUCAGUGACAUGGAAAAUAUCAGGACAGUUCGAGUUUUAUGCUAGCUGAUUGUGUUCCAAAAUAGUGACAUUAGUUGUAAAUAUUUCGUGAUAACUUCACAAAUACAUUUAUUAGCGAAUUUGUAUCGUGAUGCAAUUAUUGAGAAUUUUAAAAUGUUUACAAAAAUCGAGAUACUUUUGUAUAAUACAAGUGAAUAACCAUUUAGUAUAUAUUAGGCAUUAUUUGUUAAAUGUCAUUAACAUUCACAAAAGACGCAGUUACUUCAUUAAUUAAAUGCUACCACAGAUUCUAUUUUUUAUAUCACGAAAACAUUGAUACACUGGUUUUAAUUAUGAGGAAAAUUGACUUAAGAUGCUUACAUCACAGUAUAUUUAAACGUUUGUAAAAACAUAUUUGAGAGCGAUGACUGAUCAAGUGUUGUAGAAAAUUGAUUUAGUAGCACUGAUUAAAUUUUUUGUUAAAUUGCCAAUCUAGUUACUGUUAGGUUUGUAUGUUUAGCUUUGUCCCCAUUAUUUUUAAUUAUAUUGACAUGAUUAACUAAGCUAUUUUUUAUUUAAUUACAUAAUUAGUUAUCUAAAAAAAGUAAUAA